AUGUGUAUUUUUUCAAUUGUUACCCUCUUACUUAUAUCUGUUGUAUAUAAAUACAGAUUGGCAAUUAAAUAUCAAAUAUAUAUAUGGCGACAUCCGCGUCCUGAAAGAGGAACUAAUUUUGAUUAUGAUUUUUUUGUGUGCUAUUCUGUUGACGACGAGGAUUGGAUAUGGGAUGAGCUUCAACCUAAUUUGGAAGGUGACGAAUAUAUCAAACUUUGUAUUCAUCAGCGUGAUUUUAAAGGCGGUAAACUUAUCGUAGAUAAUAUUGUUGAAUUGAUGGAGUCGAGUCGUCGAGUACUAAUCAUUUUAUCUAAUAGUUUUGCAAAGAGUAGUUGGUGCCAGUUUGAACUUUCUGUUGCGCAGGAUUUAGUUUUAGACUCGAUUUUAGAACCACCAACAAUUAUUCUGUUAGAAGAAAUUAAGACAGAACACUUGUCUAAUACCUUAAAUGCUCUCAUCAACAAUACAACUUAUGUUCCAUGGUCCAAUCACACUGAUGAUUCGUCCGAAUUUUGGCAGAGAUUAAAACUGGCUAUUGGAAAUCAAAGAAUGGUAGCCAAUACAGAAGACGUCUAA